AUGGUUUCUUGUGGCUACGCUUACAGCAUCGUUUCGAUUCUCCUUCUUCUCAUCGCCCCACCAUGCACUGCGGACAUGACAGACAAGCCCACUGGAAUCAGAUUUGCCGGUCAGCUGCGAGAUUUGGGCCUGUUUGGCGUAGGUGUCAGAAAGAAGGGUCCCAUCAAGGUGUAUUCAGUUGGAAUGUACUGCUCUGAAGUUGUGCGCGAGACCCUGUCCACAGUUUCACGAACUGCUGGUAGAGGAAAGGAAGCCAUCAGUGUACUUUGUAAGGGUGCACAAGAGAAUCCCACAUCAUUCAUCCUUAUAAUGAACUUCAAAGUUGGAGCGGAAAAGAUGGCAAGUGCAAUUGCUGAGUCAGUUGCUCCUCGCCAUUCUGUCUCCUCUGAUGUCGAUGACUUGAAGGGUCUGAUCUUUUCGGGCGUUUCAGAGAAAGGAGCUGCUGUCAAAGGAACCGUCCUGCAAUUCGAUUGUAGCCCUGAAAGCGGCGUCGGCGUGUCAGUUGAUGGAAAAGAACAGGGUAAUGUUGCAAGUGGUGGACUGGCGAAGGCAUUUUGUCGGGUAUACUUGGAUGACGAUUGUGUAAGCAAGCCUCUGCGUGACAGUAUUCUCGAAAAUUGUUGCGCUCCAUAA